AUGAGUAUUAGUAGUAUUGGUCCAACUUUCUCAGGCUACGUCGCCAACACCCACGAUGCUAUUCUCUUAUUCCAAGCUGCAAUCACCGGAGUUCUACCGCUGGUUCCUCGUCGUCCUCACGAUAGAGAAAGGGCUGAGUUGAUCCAGUCAGGUUCAGUUUUCAUUUUCAACGAGCAUAACUCUGGUAUCAAGAGAUGGACAGAUGGAAUUGCUUGGUCACCGUCUCGUAUUUUAGGCAACUUCUUAAUCUACAGACAAUUAGAAAAACCAUUUUCCCCAGGUGAGAAGAAGCGCACAUUUCGUCAACAGAGAAACCGUCGAAAACAAAGUACGUCAGUUGAUACCCCUCACCCGUAUGGCAGGGAGGCACUGAUGCAACAACAGUCCAGAAAUAAUGGCAGAGGUGACUCUAUUAUUGACCCAACAACUGGUAUUCAUUACCAAGCUACUGGACGUCCUCCAAUGCACAAUGAUUUGGACAUGAUGAACAAAUAUCGCAGUCCUGGCAAUGCAGCAAUGGCUGGGGGAGUUAAGCUGAGAUCAGACAUGGAUGGAAAGACUGAUGAUAGACACAUUGUUGGUUCCCUGACUGACACUUAUCGCUUCAAGGAAGAUGGCCUCGUUAAGAAAACUAUUUCAAUCCAAUAUCAAAACCAAGCCUAUCAUUUGGUUUCAUACUACCUCCCUGAUGAUGUUCGUAAUAACGCUUUCAUGGUUCCUUCAAGAGACCCCAGAUUAAAGGACCUUCAAAUUUCUGAAGAACUGCUUCAGACCCGACACUUCCGAGUUGCUUUGGAUUCUGAAGAGAGCGACCCUAGUAGUCAAUUUGCAGCCAUGAACAUGGGUAAGCGUGAACUUCAAGAUCGCGUUUCUCAUCAACAAGCUAUGUCCACCGGUAUGCCUGGAUUUGGCCUCUCCGGUCCUGGUGCCGGUGGUCUGUAUGGAUUUUCUGGCACAAAUGGUCAUGACGGUUCUCAACAAGGUAGAGCUAUGAACGCUAUGGGUCGUGCUAUGGAUAUGCCUUAUGAAAUGGAUAUGAAUGGCUUCGAUCAAAACACAGGCUACCAACAACAAGCUAUUUAUUACAACAGAGGACAGCAAGCUUAUCAAUUGGGGGGUCUUCAACCGCAGCCAGGACAUCCUCAUCAGCAAUCUCAGCAACCUCAUUCUGUUAACCAGAUGAUGAUGGAUGGUAGCUUGAACAGUACUUAUGGAAAAUCUCCAACCAACAAUUAUAUUUCAGGCUACAGACCGUUUGCAGCCUCCCAAUUACCAGCUCCUCCAUCCGCUAACAGCAAUGGCUUACCACCACCUUUACCGCAAUCCAAGGUGCAGGUUCAGCAAUCUCCUUCGCAACAACAACAACAACAACAACAACCACUACAAUCGAGACAUAAUGCUUCGGGUCGUCUGUCUACCAACACUCCAUCUUCCAUUUCUCAACCAGAUAUGUAUCAGUAUUCUUCGUCACUGCAGUUACCCAGUUAUCAAUACUCGGCAACUAGCCAGCCAAGUAGCAGUGUGGGUUCUUCCAAUAGCAUCAGUGCUACCAGUUCAAGCCGUCGUAGCAGUGUCGCCACUGGUGCGAACUCUCCUUCCCUACCACCUAUGAUUCAAUCCCAGAGCUACUCCUAUUCGAACUAUGGGCACGAUUACACUGGUACUGGUUCUACAUCUACUACUUCAGCUUCAGAUCCAAGAAGACUUCCCGGUACUCCUUCCGGUGCUCGCCCACCUAUGGGAGCAGGCGAAGUGGAUUCCUCAUCUGGUCCCUCUGGUAUUAACGAAGGUAACACAGACUCACCUCAUCUCAAUGGUCCUGCACAAAAGUUGUACCAAGUUCCCACCACUGCUAAUCAGGGCACAAACGCAACUACCCAGGGUUCCCUACAACAAGGAUCUAAUGGCUAUAACUAUGGAUAUGGUAACUACACUUCUAUAGCAAACUGGUAA